CUUGGCCAGUUGGAUGAAGGCGGUGCUUGAGGUGCCCAAGCAGCAGGGCCUUGCCUUUGUGGUUGUAGAAAGAGAAGAUGGCUCCCGUUCUGGAGAAACAGCUCCCGGGCGCAGCCGGAUCAGGCGACAACAACAACGAAGAGGAAGAAGGACAAAACCUUUGGACCUCAAUACUGAGUGAAGUUUCAACAAGAUCGAGUUCAAAGUUACCAUCAGGAAAAAAUAUCCUGGUAUUUGGUGAGGAUGGAUCAGGAAAAACUACACUCAUGGCCAAACUUCAAGGAGCUGAUCACAACAAGAAAGGGAGGGGACUGGAGUAUCUGUACUUAAGUGUCCAUGAUGAGGACAGGGAUGACCUUACUCGCUGUAAUGUGUGGAUCCUGGAUGGGGACCUCUACCACAAAGGCCUUCUUAAGUUUGCUGUCACACCUCAGUCGCUCCCUGACUGUCUAGCUGUGUUUGUUGUGGAUAUGUCGCGGCCCUGGACCAUCAUGGAGUCACUGCAGAAAUGGGCCAGUGUGCUUCGUGACCAUGUGGACAAGCUCAAGAUUCCUCCAGAGGACAUGAGAGAAAUGGAGCAGAAGAUGGUCAAAGCUUUCCAGGAGUACACAGAACCAGAGGAUGCCACCCCAUCCUCCCCACAACGACGGGCCCCAACAGCAGGGGAAGACGAGGCCGUCGUGCUACCACUUGGGGACAACACACUCACGCACAACCUGGGCAUUCCAGUGUUAAUAGUUUGCACAAAGUGUGAUGCAGUCAGCGUACUAGAGAAGGAGCAUGACUACAGAGAGGAGCACUUCGAUUUCAUCCAGUCCAACAUCAGGCGAUUUUGCUUACAAUAUGGAGCUGGCCUGAUCUAUACGUCAGUCAAAGAAGAGAAGAACCUGGAUCUGCUUUACAAAUAUAUAGUACAUAAGAUGUAUGACUUUCAGUUCGUCACACCUGCCUUAGUGGUGGAGAAGGAUGCAGUGUUCAUUCCAUCUGGAUGGGAUAAUGAAAAGAAAAUUGGGAUUUUGCAUGAAAACUUCACAACCGUCAGAGCAGAAGAUCCAUUUGAAGAUUUUAUCACAAAGCCUCCAGUACGAAAGCUGGUACAUGACAAAGAGAUAAGUGCAGAGGAUGAACAGGUAUUCCUGAUGAAGCAACAGUCUUUGUUAGCAAAACAGCCAGCCACACCAACAAGAGGAGCAACAGACUCACCAGGACGAACAACCUCAGGGUCUCCCAGGCCUUCGGGUCGUACCAUCCAACCAACUGUAACCAGCGGCUCACCAAUGGCUGCAGUCAAAAAGCCUGACCCCAAUAUGAAAGCGGGGGCUGCCAAUGAGGGAGUGCUGGCCAACUUCUUCAACAGUCUGUUGAGUAAAAAGACUGGGGCCCCAGGGAGCCCAGGAACUGGUGCAGUUGGAGCUGGAGUGCAAGGGUCCGCCAAGAAAACAGGGCAGAAGCCGGGUUUGACUGAUGUCCAGGCUGAGUUGGACAGGAUGACUCGCAAACAAGACUCCAUGGUUUCAGCUAACAACAUACCACCGCCGACAGAGAACGAAGCGUGAAGGCAACAAAAACAGCUGCAUCGUCCACUGCGUUAAUACUCUGGAAAAAUAUAUGUACAUGUGAGCAUAAACAAAAAAAAUUGACCAAAUUCCCAGCGCCUAUAUCAGUCAGCACACACAGUGGUUUCACCAAAUGAGUUUCAGAUGCUAUCAGAUGUUUUGGUGAGAUGGGAAGAGAGCGAUUGCAGAGAUGGAGGUGUUAAUGAGAUGGCAAGUGCUGAAGGCUUGGCUUUGUUUCUGUCCUCUCUUCCACUGUAAAUGUUAUUUUGUGAGGGAUGUCAGUUUACAGAAAUGUGUGCACACUCCCCGGCAGCCAGUAUAAUGUGCUGGGCUGCGGGCCCCCCAGUCUCUGGGGUAGAACACUCUCCUCAUGGAUUUAAAGAGUGUUUAUAUACUGUCCUGUGGCCUCCAGUUCAGCUUAUCUCAUGGAAGGAAUUUGAUUGGAAAGGUAUUUAAACAUUAAACAUAAUCACUGAGAAAAGUAAUUAAACUACUUGCAAACAUAUGUAGUAUGUAAAAAGAAAAAAAUGUUGGAUAUGAGACUGAUGUAUUUAUACAAGGUUCCUCCUUUUUGUUUCAUUCUGUGCACCAUUUGUUGGUUUAAAGAAAUGUUCAUCUGUAUCACGUAACAUGUUAAAAUGCCACUGACAUCAUGACACUAAUGACAUGUCCAGAUAGCUGAUAGCAUAUCAUAUCAUUGGCCCUAGUCAUCUCGAAGGAUUCUGUAAAUAUACAUGCAAAAAAAUUCAGGUUAACUUGAUUUUGUACAAAAUGCAUUUCUGUCCAAAUUCUGAAGAUAGCUUCUUUGACUUAAUGAGACUGGUUGGGAUUUGACAGGCUUAGAGGUUGCAAUGGAAUCGCUUCUUUAGCUACAGGUGUGUAUAUUUGGGGGAGGGGUUUGGGGCAGCAUCUUUCCUACUAUAACUCCUAAGUGCCUCGCACAGUUAGCUGUUUGUGACAUAGUAGAGGUGCUUGUCUGCGCAAGAGGAAAUGCACUGUAGCACCAUCGGUUAAAAGGUUUUUGUCCAUUUCUUGUCAUCCAAAUAAUUUAUUUCGUUUUACAUUUUUGUUAAUGUACAACAAGCCUGUGGUCUCUGUUAUUUUUUUUCCGGAAAUAUGAAAUCUGUGGCCUAGUUGGUGCGAUUGAAUGCCUUCAUGUAAACUGUAAAGGCUGCUGAUAUUAAGAAGAAACCACACGAUGGAACUUUUGAGUCCCCCAGACUUACUGUGGUUGAAACCACUCGUUUGCAGCCAAAACACACACGAUUACUUGCUGUGGGUUUAACAAAAUCAGAUAUUGUAUCCUUCAGUGUUUGACAGAAAUGUCCUCCUUUUGGUUUCACGUGUUUUAUUCACGCUGUACUUCACACGUCAGUUCAAACAUUCCCAGUUUCUACAUGAAGUAGCUGUAGAAACACAUCCCUGUAGGAAACCUGUUUGUCCAGUCCAGUCUUCUUUUUUUUUUCCCCGUCUUGCCCUUUUUAGUGCCCAUUUAUAAUGACAACCUUUGCCUUCAAUGUACAGCUAACAGUUUGUCACACUAGGCACCCUGCCUUCACAGGAAUGCUCCUAAUUAAUUUGUGUGUCCUUAAGGGGUUGCUUAAUUGUCUUAUGUCAUUUCUAUUAUUUUGUAAUUGAAGCAAUUAUGCUGUACCAUAUCAAAUAACAUGUAAUAAUAUUUAUGGUUUCAUGACACCAUAAUCAAAUUUAAGUGUACAUUAAGUCUGUAUGCAAGGCCCUGCUUAAUCCUAGUGUACUUCAGUAGCUUUUACAUAAUUAAUGGCAAGUGUGAGGAGAGCAGCUAUUUGCUAUUCAGAUAAUAGCAAAGCAAUGAAAACUGGAGUGAAUUGGAAUACAGAACCAAAGAUGUGUAUUAAUUGCUAUUUUCUGCAUUUGUAGUUGAUAGACAUCCUUAAGAUUAACCAGUGGCCACGUUUGUCCCACUCUUGCAUGGAGCCUUUGCAUUCCAAACAUCAGACCUGCCUAUAAAGUGUUUAUGAAAACAAACACCCUAUAAAAUGGUAGAAAUGGCUUACUUUACUCACACAAGCCUGAACUUUAGACAAGCAGUGAAAGAAAAUCUACCAUGAUUUGGUUACAGUCCUCUAAACUGGUCUACAAAUACAUAGCAAAUAAGGUUUAAUGUCAUUUUUUUUAAACCUUUGCUCUGUAAUGGAUCAACAAAAACAACAUAAUGGUGUACAGUCUGCUUUAUGCAUUGUCAGAGUGAUGCUAUAAAACUGUUAUGGACUUUCUUUGAUUACAGUGAAGCUCUUGUUUUUAUUUUUUCCUUAUUUUUCCUGACUGGGUGGAAUGUGCACCUGAGGGUCUGAAGCACAAUUUGAGAACAGCCGGGAGCAGCACCGCCACAGGUUGAAAAAAGCACUUUUCCUUAGACUUAUAUUAGUUCCCUUUUUGCUACAGUUAAAGCUACAGAAUGCAUUUUUUUCCCUUUUUGCCUUGCCUUUUUAGAGCAUUUAGUAAUGAACCAAGAAGUUAACAUACACAGAAAAACUGCAAUAUUUAUCUGCAUUUGCUGCUGAAGUUGUGGAAGGUGCCCCUGAUGGUUAACUAUGGAUUGACCCCUUUCUACAUUUAAUAUCAAUCCUCUAGUUAGAAUCGUAAUUACACCUUUUACAUGGAUGUUUUUGGGACAUCUUGAAGUAGAUAAACCAAAUAAAUGUCCAUUCAUUUUCAGGUUUGUCUUUUUGCUCAUGAAUUGACCUUAUUUGCGUUUACAUCCCACUGUAAGCACGUUUUUUUGUCUUUGUUGUCAAAACUGGUUUUGGUCAUUUAAAGUUUAUUUUCAAAAGGAUUUUGAAAUGUCACUGUAACCUGACUGACCGCCCUAAUUUCUGUUGAUAGGCCACACUUGUUAAAUUUGGCAUUUAGCUGAGUGGAAUGAAGUGCUUUCAUGCUGCUUGGUUCAAAGUUGCACUCGCUCUUUGUAAACAUUGGACGUUGCUCCCAAGAUUGAAUAAUGAACUGUUGUAACUUUUAUACUCAGAUGUCAGUUGAAAACAACUGUCUCCUCAUCUUCUAACUGAAUUGCCUUCGACCACUAUUGACAGUCUGCAUCUAUAUCAGACUAUGAGCUUCUGCUUCCGGUCCUUACGCAGUCAGGAUAUCAAGAACAUUGUAAGCACAUGGCAGGCUGCAUUUUUUUUUGUGUGUCCUGGAUUAAUUCAGAAGUUUGAUUGUAUGUCUUUAAUACAAUUCUGUAGCCUCUAAGCUGCCAUGUGGAUUCUAGCUUCUUACGCCGACAAAGAUAAGGAAGAUGUUUAUCAGACCCCUGGCUUCAAUAAAACCAAGAAUCCAAACUUU